CAUAUGACUGUCUGCGCCCUAUUAACCUUUUCCCUUCCAUUCCAAAACACAGACGAAGAUGGCGGAAGAGCGACAGAACCUUUUGGACGAGGAAGGGGAUAUCUCUUCUUCAGGUCCUAGAAAUGAAAGCGGACCGGUCAGACCGAUGUCCGCACUCUGUGACCCGAGACGAGUGCUUCAUCGCAUUUUCGUCCUGCUUUUUAUGUGCUUUCUGGGAUUCGGUGAGCAGGGCGGUUCCAUCAAAAUUAUUUGGAGAGAGUUUAGGCUUCAGCUAACUGACUAUCGGACUAAUUGCUUUUGGAUAUCAGACAACGUUGAAUCGUUGUUAGUUUGAUUAUCUUUCACCAUGCUGUAGCCUUCUAUGACUGUAUCAAUCAAAUCAGAGCAGGUUUAGAAUGUAGCGGCACUUUGAUGUAUCAAUUCUAUCCACUGACAGCGUUACUUUGUUUCAGGAAGUUACUUCUGUUAUGAUAACCCCGCUGCUUUGCAGACUCAAGUCAUACAGGUGAGGAAGGAGGACUGAAGUUUCCGUCUCACAUGCAUAACUUUGGUGUCAUGCGACCGACGACACCGUCAUGUCACUCCGUCGUCAUUGUAGCCUAGCCUGCUCUAUGUCAGAGCCUUCCUCCGAUGCUUCAAUAUGGGAAAUAACUUCACAAAAUACAUUAUAGUUAUUAUAACUCUAUGGACACGUUCUAAUUAUAUGGAUAAGUAUGUUGACUCUUCAUGACACCACCAUGAUGUUGUAAGUUUGCAGAUAAGUGAAACAAAGCAAUGUGUCAUAUCUUUGGUGUUCAGUCGGCACUAACAAUGAAAUGGCCCAUUAGAACUAGGAUUGCUAAGUUUCUCUGUUAACAUUGUGCUCAAAGGUUUUCUAAUAAUGUAAACAACAGACCAAUAUCAGGUCAUAGUUAGUGUAUGGUUGGUCCAUGCACUCACAGUUCAUAUUAAUGUUUAUCUGCCUUUGUUUUGCUUUCUUAAAGAUACCUUUCUAGUAAUUUGGGCUUCCAAUGCACUGACAUUCUCUCUCCUCUCUGGUCUGCACCAGGACAUGAAGCUGAACACGUCCAUGUUCAUGCAGCUCUAUGCCUGGUACUCCUGGCCCAACGUGGUCCUCUGUUUCCUGGGGGGCUUCCUGCUCGACAGGGUCUUUGGCAUCAGGUAGGACCACAGGUUACUAAUGAAACACUACUGUACUAGCACAUGUUCCCUACAUGGAAUACUUGUUUAUCGCCAUCCAAGGACAACAGUUUUGUACAGGCGCAGACAUAGUAUUUAACCUCUUACCUCCAGUGACAACCUGGUUACAGUCACACAACUCAUGUAUGGUGCUGUGCUGCUCAGAGCAGAAACUGUAUGUGUACAAUACAUAGAUAAGGUGAGGUUUACACACUAGGGACCUUAUACGUCACAUUUGUAUAAUAUGAUAAGGAUUCUGUAAUCACCCUGGUGCGGAUUCCUGUUGGAGGUGUGUUUUUCCUCACACACUACUCCAUGUACAAUACAGCCUGUGUACCUACUGUAAUAUGAGCAGUGUUUGUCUUCCAGUGCUCUAGUAGGAAAUCCCUAGUCUCACCAUGAAUCUCUGACAACAAAAGAUGCUGAGGUAAUUGUGUGUGGAGGAUUAAUCUGAAUCUAUGAUGAACUAGUGGCGCAGUGGUCUAAGGCAUCCUGAGUCCUGAGUGGCGCAGUGGUCUAAGGCACUGCAUCGCAGUGCUAACUGUGCCACUAGAGAUCCUGGUUCGAAUCCAGGCUCUGUCGCAGCCGGCCGCGACCGGGAGACUCAUGGGCGGCGCACAAUUGGCCCAGCGUCGUCCAGGGUAGGGGAGGGAAUGGCCGGCAGGGAUGUAGCUCAGUUGAUAGAGCAUGGCGUUUGCAACGCCAGGGUUGUGGGUUCGUUUCCCACGGGGGGCCAGUAUUAAAAAAAAUAAUAUGUGUUCACUAACUGUAAGUCGCUCUGGAUAAGAGCGUCUGCUAAAUGACUAAAAUGUAAAUGUAAUAACUGAGGAUGGAUCAACAACACUGUAGUUACUCCACAAUACAAACCUAAAUGACAGAGUGAAAAGAAGGAAGCCUGUAGAGAAUAAAAUAUUCCAAAACAUGCAUCCUGUUUGCAACAAGGCACUUAAGUUAUAUUGACAUUUUUUUAGCAAAGAAAUGAACUUUUUGUCCUGAAUGCAAAGCGUUAUGUUUUGGGAAAAUCCAACACAACACAUCACUGAGUAUCACUCUUCAUAUUUUAAAGCAUGGUGGUGACUGCAUCAUGUUUAUGAGUAUGGUUGUCAUCGGCAAGGACUAGGGAGUUUUUCUAGGAUUAAAAAAAACGGAAUACAGCUAAGCACAGGCAAAAUCCUAGAGGAAAACCUGGUUCAGUCUGCUUUCCAACAGACACUGGGAGACAAAUUUACCUUUCAGCAGGACAAUAACCUAAAACACAAGGCUACCCUGGAGUUGCUUACCAAGACGACAUUGAAUGUUCCUGAGUCGCCUAGUUACAGUUUUAACUUAAAUCGGUAUGAAAACCAAUGGCAAGACAUGAAAAUGUCUGUCUAGAUACUGUAUGAUCAACAACUAACUUGACAGAGCUUGAAUAAUUUUUUUAAGAAUAAUGGGCAAAUAUAGUCCAAUCCAGGGUGACGUGAGAGAACUUGGGAAGGUUGAACACCAGUUGGGCUGCGGCAUUCUGGAUGAGUUGUAGGGGUUUAAUGGCACAGGCAGGGAGCCCAGCCAACAGUGAGUUGCAGUAAUCCAGAUGGGAGAUGACAAGUGCCUGGGUUAGGACCUGUGCUGCUUCCUGUGUAAGGCAGAGUCGUACUCUCCGAAUGUUGUAGAGCAUGAACCUACAGGAUCGGGUCACUGCCUUGAUGUUAGCGGAGAACGACAGGGUGUUGUCCAGGGUCACGCCAAGGCUCUUCGCACUCUGGGAGGAGGACACAACUGAGUUGUCAACCGUGAUGGUGAGAUCAUGGAACGGGCAGUCCUUCCCCGGGAGGAAGAGCAGCUCCGUCUUGCCAAGGUUCAGCUUGAGGUGGUGAUCCGUCAUCCAUACUGAUAUGUCUGCCAGACAUGCAGAGAUGCGAUUCGCCACCUGGUUAUCAGAAGGGGGAAAGGAGAAGAUUAAUUGUGUGUCGUCUGCGUAGCAAUGAUAGGAGAGGCCAUGUGAGGAUAUAACAGAGCCAAGUGACUUGGUGUAUAGCGAGAAUAGGAGAGGGCCUAGAACUGAGCCCUGGGGGACACCAGUGGUGAGAGCACGUGGUGCGGAGACAGCUUCUUGCCACGCCACUUGGUAGGAGCGACCGGUCAGGUAGGACGCAAUCCAAGAGUGAGCUGCGCCGGAGAUGCCCAGCUCGGAGAGGGUGGAGAGGAGGAUCUGAUGGUUCACAGUAUCAAAGGCAGCAGACAGGUCUAGAAGGACAAGAGCAGAGGAGAGAGAGUUAGCUUUAGCAGUGCAGAGAGCCUCCGUGACACAGAGAAGAGCAGUCUCAGUUGAAUGACCAGUCUUGAAACCUGACUGGUUUGGAUCAAGAAGGUCAUUCUGAGAGAGAUAGCAAGAGAGUUGGCUAAAGACGGCACGCUCAAGAGUUUUGGAGAGAAAAGAAAGAAGGGAUACUGGUCUGUAGUUGUUGACAUCAGAGGGAUCGAGUGUUGGUUUUUUGAGAAGGGGUGCAACUCUUGCUCUCUUGAAGACGGAAGGGACAUAGCCAGCGGUCAAGGAUGAGUUGAUCAGCGAGGUGAGGUAAGGGAGAAGGUCACCGUAGAUGGUCUGGAGAAGAGAGGAGGAGAAAGGGUCAAGCGGGCAGGUUGUUGGGCGGACGGCCGUCACAAGUCGCAAUAUUUUAUCUGGAGAGAGAGGGGAGAAAGAAGUCAAAGCAUAGGGUAGGGCUGUGUGAGCAGGACCAGCAGUGUCAUUUGACUUAACAAAUGAGGAUCGGAUGUCGUCAACCUUCUUUUCAAAAUGGUUGACGAAGUCAUCCACAGAAAGGGGGGGGGGGGGGGGUUAGGAGGAUUCAGCAGGGAGGAGAAGGUGGCAAAGGGCUUCCUAGGGUUAGAGGCAGAUGCUUAGAAUUUAGAGUGGUAGAAAGUGGCCUUAGCAGCAGAAACAGAUGAAGAAAAUGUAGAGAGGAGGGAGUGAAAAUAUGCCAGGUCCGCAGGGAGUGUAGUUUUCCUCCAUUUCCGCUCGGCUGCCCGGAGCCCUGUUCUGUGAGCUCGCAAUGAGUCGUUAAGCCACGGAGCUGGAGGGGAGGACCGAGCCGGCCGGGAGAAUAGGGGACAUAGAGAGUCAAAGGAUGCAGAAAGGGAGGAGAGGAGGGUUGAGGAGGCAGAAUCAGGAGAUUGGAGGGAGAAGGAUUGAGCAGAGGGAAUAGAUGAUAGGAUGGAAGAGGAGAGAGUAGCGGGAGAGAGAGAGCGAAGGUUGCGACGGCGCAUUACCAUCUGAGUAGGGGCAGAGUGAGUAGUGUUGGAGGAGAGCGAGAGAGAAAAGGAUACAAAGUAGUGGUCGGAGACAUGGAGGGGAGUUGCAGUGAGAUUAGUAGAAGAACAGCGUCUAGUAAAGAUGAGGUCAAGCGUAUUGCCUGCCUUGUGAGUAGGGGGGGACGGUGAGAGGGUGAGGUCAAAAGAGGAGAGGAGUGGAAAGAAGGAGGCAGAGAGAAAUGAGUCAAAGGUAGACAUAGGGAGGUUGAAGUCCCCCAGAACUGUGAGGGGUAAGCCAUCCUCAGGAAUUGAUGAACUCUCCAAGGGAACCUGGAGGGCGAUAAAUGACAAGGAUGUUAAGCUUAAAUGGGCUAGUGACUGUGACAGCAUGUGACAACAUGCUCAUAUUCACUUCAUAUUAUCCCCUGUAAACAUCGUUUCUGUCGCUGUGCUUCUCCUCUCCUGGUAGGCUAGGAACGAUAAUCUUCGCCUUGUUUGUCUGCGUUGGACAGGUAGGUACACACCACAUUAUGGAGAUGUAUUUGAGAGCUGCUCUACUUCUAAAUAAUGUAUGUAGUACAAAUUUAAUUGGUCUAUCUCCAGUGGUGUAAUGUACUUAUGUAAAAUACUUUAAAGUACUGAAGUAGUUUUUUGGGGUAUCUGUACUUUACUUGUACUCCACUACAUUCCUAAAGAAAAUAUGUACUUUUUACACCCAUACAUUUCCUCUGACACCCAAAAGUAUUUGUUUACAUUUCGAAUGCUCAGGCAGUACAGCAAUAUGGUCCAAUUCACGCACCUGUCAAUAUAACUUGUUGUCAUCCCUACUGCCUCUGAUCUGGCGGACUCACUAAACACAAAUACUGUGUUUGUAAAUUAUGUCUGGGUGUUGGAGUGUGCCCCUGGCUGUCUAAAUACGGCACAAUUUGUGUGUGUGUGUACACUACCAGUCAAAAGUUUGGACACACCUACUCAUUCAAGGGUUUUCCUUUAUUUUUACUAUUUUUUACAUUGUUGAAUAAUAGUGAAGACAUCAAAACUAUGAAAUAACACAUAUGGAAUCAUCUAGUAACCAACAAAGCCUUGAUGACAGCUUUGCACACUUUUGGCAUUCUCUCAACCAGCUUCAUGAGGUAGUCACCUGGAAUGCAUUUCAAUUAACAGGUGUGCCUUCUUACAAGUUAAUUUGUGGAAUUUCUUUCCUUAAUGCAUUUGAGCCAAUCAGAUGUGUUGUGACAAGGUAGGGGUGGUAUACAGAUGAUAGCCCUAUUUGGUAAAAGACCAAGUCCAUAUUAUGGCAAGAACAGCUCAAAUAAGCAAAGAGAAACGACAGUCCAUCAUUACUUUAAGACAUGAAAGUCAGUCAAUACGGAACAUUUCAAGAACUUUGAUAGUUUCUUCAAGUGCGGUCGCAAAAACCGUCAAGCGCUAUGAUGAAACUGGCUCUCAUGAGGACCACCAUAGGAAAGGGAAGACCCAGAGUUACCUCUGCUGCAGAGGAUAAGUUCAUUAGAGUUACCAGCCUCAGAAAUUGCAGCACAAAUAAAUGCUUCACAGAGUUCAAGUGACAGACACAUCUCAACAUCAAUUGUUCAGAGGGGACUGUGUGAAUCAGGCCUUCAUGGUCGAAUUGCUGCAAAGAAACCACUACUAAAGGACACCAAUAAGAAAAAGAGACCUGCUUGGGCCAAGAAACACGAGCAAUAGACAUUAGACCGGUGGAAAUGUGUCCUUUGGUCAGGAGUCCAAAUUGGAGAUUUUUUGUUCCAACCGCCGUGUCUUUGUGAGACGCAGUGUGAGUGAACGGAUGAUCUCCGCAUGUGUAUUUCCCACCGUAAAGCAUGGAGGAGGAGGUGUUAUGGUGUGGGGGUGCUUUGCUGGUGACACUGUCUGUGAUUUAUUUAGAAUUCAAGGCACUCUUAACCAGCAUGGCUGCCACAGCAUUCUGCAGCGAUACGCCAUCCCAUCUGGUUUGGGCUUAGUGGGACUAUCAUUUGUUUUUCAAUAGGACAAUGACCCAACACACUUCCAGGCUGUGUAAGGGCUAUUAGACCAAGGAAAGUGAUGGAGUGCUGCAUCAGAUGACCUGGCCUCCACAAUCAACCGACCUUAACCCAAUUGAGAUGUUUUGGGAUGAGUCGGACGGCAGAGUGAAGGAAAAGCAGCCAACAAGUGCUAAGCAUAUGUGGGAACAUUUUCCGGAUUGACUGACCUUCAUGUCUUAAAGUAAUGAUGGACUGUCGUUUCUCUUUGCUUUUUUGAGCAGUUUUUGCCAUAAUAUGGACUUGGUCUUUUACCAAAUAGGCCUAUCUUCUGUAUACAACCCCUACCUUGUCACAACACAACUGAUUGGCUGAAGCGCAUUAAGAAGGAAAGAAAUUCCACAAAUUAACUUUUAACAAGGCAUACCUGUUAAUUGAAAUGCAUUCCAAGUGACUACCUCAUGAAGCUGGUUGAGAGAAUGCCAAGAGUGUGCAAAGCUGUCAUCAUGCAAAGGGUGGCUACUUUGAAGAAUCUCAAAUAUAAAAUACAUUUUGAUUUAACACUUUUUUGGUUACUACAUGAAUCCAUAUGUGUUAUUUCAUAGUUUUGAUAUCUUUCGUUAACACAGGUGAGAGUGUUGACGAGGACAAGGCUGGAGAUCACUCUGUCAUGCUGAUUGAGUUAGAAUAACAGCCUGGAAGCUUUAAAAGGAGGGUGGUGCUUGAAAUCAUUGGUCUUCCUUUGUUAACCAUGGUUACCUGCAAGGAAACACGUGCCGUCAUCAUUGCUUUGCACAAAAAGGGCUUCACAGGCAAAGAUAUUGCUGCUAGUAAGAUUGUACCUAAAUCAACCAUGUAUUGGAUCAUCAAGAACUUCAAGGAGAGAGGUUCAAUUGUUGUGAAGAAGGCAUCAGGGCGCCCAAGAAAGUCCAGCAAGCGCCAGGACCGUCUCCUAAAGUUGUUUCAGCUGCGGGAUCGGGGCACCACCAGUGCAGAGCUUGCUCAGGAAUGGCAGCAGGCAGGUGUGAGUGCAUCUGCAUGCACAGUUUGGCGAAGACUUUUGGAGGAUGGCCUGGUGUCAAGAAGGGCAGCAAAGAAGCCACUUCUCUCCAGGAAAAACAUCAGGGACAGACUGAUAUUCUGCAAAAGGUACAGGGAUUGGACUGCUGAGGACUGGGGUAAAGUCAUUUUCUCUGAUGAAUCCCCUUUCCGAUUGUUUGGGGCAUCCGGAAAACACCUUGUCCGGAGAAGACAAGGUGAGCGCUACCAUCAGUCCUGUGUCAUGCCAACAGUAAAGCAUCCUGAGACCAUUCAUGUGUGGGGUUGCUUCUCAGCCAAGGGAGUGGGCUCACUCACAAUUUUGCCUAAGAACACAGCCAUGAAUAAAGAAUGGUACCAACACAUCCUCCGAGAGCAACUUCUCCCAACCAUCCAAGAACAGUUUGGUGACGACCAAUGCCUAUUCCAGCAUGAUGGAGCACCUUGCCAUAAGGCAAAGGUGAUAACUAAGUGGCUCGGGGAACAAAACAUUGACAAUUUGGGUCCAUGGCCAGGAAACUCCCCAGACCUUAAUCCCAUUGAGAACUUGUGGUCGAUCCUCAAGAGGCAGGUGGACAAACAAAAACCCACAAAUUCUGACAAACUCCAAGCAUUGAUUAUGCAAGAAUGGGCUGCCAUCAGUCAGGAUGUGGGCCAGAAGUUAAUUGACAGCAUGCCAGGGCGGAUUGCAGAGGUCUUGAAAAAGAAGGGUCAACACUGCAAAUAUUGACUCUUUGCAUAAACUUAAUGUAAUUGUCAAUAAAAGCCUUUGACACUUAUGGAAUGCUUGUAAUUAUAUUUCAGUAUACCAUAGUAACAUCUGACAAAAAUAUCUCAUAACACUGAAGCAACGAACUUUGUGAAGACCAAUACUUGUGUCAUUCUCAACUUUUGACCACGACUGUACAAUGUAGAAAAUAGUACAAAUAACGAAAAACCCCUGAAUGAGUAGGUGUGUCCAAACUUUUGACUGGUAGUGUACAUACAUACAUACAUACAAAUUGUGCAGUCUGGUUUGCUUAAUAUAAGAAAUUUGAUGUAGAACUUUAACUUUUACUCAAGUAUGACAAUUUAGUACUUAUUUCCCUACUAUACUUUAAGUACAUUUAAAACCAGAUACUUUUAGACUUUUUUACUCAAAUAGUAAAUACUGGGGGACUUUCAAUUGAGUCAUUUUCUAUUACGGUAUCUUUACUUUUACUCAAGUAUGACAGUUGAGUGCUUUUUCCACCACUCUUUCCACAGGUUAUAGUUGCUGUUGGGGCACUUCUAGAUCUGUUCUGGUUAAUGGAAGUUGGACGGUUUGUGUUUGGGUAAGAUGCUUUUUAGACUAAGAAUAUUUUGUAAUCGAGCUUGUCCUUGCUUCAGCUCCAAGCCACUUCUCUCCCCCUAACUAAGUGCUCUCUCUCUCUGGGUAGGAUCGGAGGUGAGUCUCUGGCUGUGGCCCAGAACACAUAUGCAGUGAACUGGUUCAAAGGGAAGGAGCUCAACCUGGUGUUUGGUCUUCAGCUCAGCAUGGCCAGGCUGGUAAGGACACGCUGGAAGCUAAGUAUUACACUGUAUAUAAAUACAGAAGCACAUACUUAAGCCAUUAUUUAUGUGGCUGAUCAGGGUGAGUUUUGGCUUGUCUCCUCUCCCUCAGGGCAGCACAGUCAACAUGAACAUCAUGGGCUGGGUGUACAACCGUGUCGCUGACCUGGUAGGCUCGACAGGACACACCACUCUGGGAGUCUCACUCAUGAUCGGUGAGUUAAAAGUGUGUGUGUGUGUGUGUGUGUGUGUGUGUGUGUGUGUGUGUUAGUGAUGCGAAGGUCAGCUGUUUGUUCACCAGCACCCGCCUGCAACUGAUAAUAACCCAUCCGCAACCACCCGACUAUAUGUGAUAAAGAGAAAAUCUGAGGACUGCACACGACCCUAACCCGCAAAUAUCGAAAAUGCGCUGUACAGUUCUAUUGUUUUCUCAAACAAUUAAUUAAACAAUUACAUUUCUCUUGAGCAUUUAAAAGGCUUGCGCCUAUUGAACAGUAGCCUAUAUUUUUGCUGAAACGAAACAAAAUGUGAAACAAUGACUGGACAUCUUGUAGGCCGACUGCACAGUUCUCUUUAAACAUUUAUUGAACAAUUAGGCUACGUUUUUCUUGAGCAAUUGAAAAAUGCAUAGGCCUUUUGAACAGUAGCCAAUCAUUUUACUCAAAGGAAACAAAAUGUGAAACAAUAAAUGGACAUCUUGUAGGCCGACUGCCUGUGUGGGCUAAUAUACCGGUAUAUUAAUUAAUUAAAACAUCUAAUGACAAAAUAGGUUUAGAAAAAUAAAUUGGCUAUAACACAACAAAGUUUAGAAAAUCAAAGUAGCCCCUGUCCAGUUAUGAGGCUAUAAUUGCCUAAGUUGUCUUCCUUUCUUUUGCAGCACUGUUAAGAAACAGAAUAGCGUCCACUGUGCCAGGUUUCAGUCGGGCCCGGCAGUGCUGAAGUCGCGUUCACUCGAUGUGCAUGAUGCCGGAAUGCAGAGAAAUCUCUUUGCAAGAGACCGGAGUGGAUGGAAGGUACGCUCCUGCUUCUCCCAGAAAGCAAGCAAACUUUCAUCCACACAAUCUUCCAGGGAAAAGUGAGUGCUUCUGUAGCUCUGGAUUUCGUUGAUCUCUUCGGCCUCUCUCGUCCUCCCACUCCAUGAAGUAAAAUCUUGGUCUCUUUGCGGAGUAGUUGCUUGCGCUUCCAACUGUGAAGUGAAUAUUUUUCAAUAAAUUAGUUGGCUAUUAGACCAUUGGGCAUGGUCACACCACUUAGGAUGUAAUAGGUCUACGAAUAACCUACUAGUAUAGGCCUACCUAGUGAUUCAGGAUAUAGCAGUCUAAAUCAUAAAACUAUUACCUAAUAAGAAUAAGCCUGCUCUUGCUUCCAUCAGCUCAGUAACUUCACAAACACACUCUGGUGCCUCCUUUUCUUGGAAUGUAUGUUUUAGGAUUGUGUUCAGCACAUGAGCUGUGCAAGGGAUCCAGUGGUAGUUGCAAGGGAUCCAGUGGUAGUUGAGCUGUGCAAGGGAUCCAGUGGUAGUUGCAAGGGAUCCAGUGGUAGUUGAGUUGUGCAAGGGAUCCAGUGGUAGUUGCAAGGGAUCCAGUGGUAGUUGAGCUGUGCAAGGGAUCCAGUGGUAGUUGCAAGGGAUCCAGUGGUAGUUGAGCUGUGCAAGGGAUCCAGUGGUAGUUGCAAGGGAUCCAGUGGUAGUUACGCAGCGCUGCCUUGAUGUUUGCGUCCUGGUCACUCACAAACACCAUUUUGGAGAUUCCAAAGUCGUUGAGUUCCUUGCUGAUUUGCUCGUGGAUGUUCUCUGCUGUCUUCCUCAGGUAGGUGUCAAACUCCACGCUGGUGAUGAUGCAACUUUUCAGUUGCCAAUCUAAUGUCAAAAAAAUGGCACAUAAUCAUGGUGUAUGCCCUUUUGUUGGAAUCAUCCGUCCACAUGUCUGUGGUGAUGGCAAUGCCACUGUCAUCUAAAGCCUUUUUGAUUGGCUCAGACAGUGUAGCCUUCUCUGUUGCAGCCUGUUGUUUGGCUCUUUCACACACUGUCUGUCUGUGCGGGAUGACAGAGUUGGCGUUGACAGCUCCAUAACGGGCUCCAAUGUUAAUAAGUCCCUGCGCCAUGGAGGUGAAGCCCUUUCCCGAAACAAUGUCAAAGUCCACACAACAAAAGUCCACACAAUCGUCAACAAACUUGUAUUUCACCUGCAGUGGUAUCUUUUUGCUGUCAGCGUACAUGUAAGAUGAGAUGGGCUUGCGGCUGGAGACCUGUCUUGCUGGUACGCGGUUCGGCUCGUUGGGCUUGCCCUGUCUGCAGGUAUGACGUGCCAUAUGUGAAGUCUUGUGACUGUUGAAUUUGUAUAGCACCUCACAAUCACACAUUACAUAGCCAGCACUGCUAUCAUCCUCUUUUACCACUUCUACAAAUCUUUCCCAAACAUUACAUUUCUGGCCCUGCCUUUUCCUUAUUUUCAACGAUCCAUUCUGCAGCUUUUGUCUUAUUGACUUAAACGCCGACACGGUCCUUUUUGCCUCAGUGGAUUGACGUUACAUUUUUCUGGCCAACUUCCCAAAAGCAUUUGGAGAUUGGCGCGUGUAUUUGACGUGCAUACACUUAGGCCCUAUAUCUUUGGCCCUAUAUCUUAGGCCCUAUAUCUUAGGCACUAAUGCCAGAUAAAAAAAACUCAAUGUAGCCUAUAGAUAGGCACAAGAAUUGUUUCUCUUUAUUCAACCCACCCGCCCGCCACCCACCCGCCCGCCACCCACCUGCCCGCCCUUCAUCCACACAAUAUUUCAUGACCCUUCACCCGCCCGCCCCGUGGAUAUAACUGUGGGGACUGCGGGUUAUUAGUCAACCCACGCAUCACUAGUGUGUGUGUGUGUGUGUGUUUUAUUAGGAUCCCCAUUAGCUGUUGCUUAAGCUGCAGUUACUCUUCCUGGGCUCCACAUAAAGCAUUACAUAAUACAGAACCACACAUGUGUGUGAGUGAGAGAUGCAUGUCCACAUUUGAUCAGGAGGAGAGUGAGCUAGAUUCCCAGGCCUGCUGUCUACAUUGAGCCUCAGGUUACAUAUCGCUCUCCAGCCCUGACAGCAACACCACACCACUUCUAUUACAAAUACUCUCUAAUCUCAGCACUGAUAGGAUGGAUAAAAGGGGAGAGACAGAGAGACUAAGAAACAGAGACUGAGAGAGAUGAGAAAACGUGAACCAUUUUUUCCCUGUCAUUUGUCUGAUGAGUCACGUGAUGGAAGAGGUGUCUGUUCCGUGACCGCUCACUCGCUCCACAGGAAUAAGAGGAGCCCAGCAGUCUGUGUGUUCUCUCCAGCGGGACUAAACCGUGCAGUCCUGUAACAUUAUAAUGGAAUAAUGGAGUCCCAGUAGAUAUGUGCUGAUGCUUUUUUUUGUGUAUGUAUGUAUGUAUGCAUGUAUGUAUGUAUAUAUACAGUGGGGAGAAGAAGUAUUUGAUACACUGCCGAUUUUGCAGGUUUUCCUACUUACAAAGCAUGUAGAGGUCUGUAAUUUUUGUCAUAGGUACACUUCAACUGUGAGAGACGGAAUCUAAAACAAAAAUCCAGAAAAUCACAUUGUAUGAUUUUUAAGUAAUUAAUUUGCAUUUUAUUGCAUGACAUAAGUAUUUGAUCACCUACCAACCAGUAAGAAUUCCGGCUCUCACAGACCUGUUAGUUUUUACUUAAAAAUCAUACAAUGUGAUUUUCUGGAUUUUUGUUUUAGAUUCCGUCUCUCACAGUUGAAGUGUACCUAUGAUAACAGACCUCUACAUGCUUUGUAAGUAGGAAAACCUGCAAAAUCGGCAGUGUAUCAAAUAGUUGUUCUCCCCACUGUAUAUAUGUGUGUGUAUAUAUGUAUGUGUAUAUAUACAUACAUACACACAGUGGGGGAAAAAAAGUAUUUAGUCAGCCACCAAUUGUGCAAGUUCUCCCACUUAAAAAGAUGAGAGGCCUGUAAUUUUCAUCAUAGGUACACGUCAACUAUGACAGACAAAAUGAGAAGAAAAAAAUCCAGAAAAUCACAUUGUAGGAUUUUUUAUUAAUUUAUUUGCAAAUUAUGGUGGAAAAUAAGUAUUUGGUCAAUAACAAAAGUUUCUCAAUACUUUGUUAUAUACCCUUUGUUGGCAAUGACACAGGUCAAACGUUUUCUGUAAGUCUUCACAAGGUUUUCACACACUGUUGCUGGUAUUUUGGCCCAUUCCUCCAUGCAGAUCUCCUCUAGAGCAGUGAUGUUUUGGGGCUGUCGCUGGGCAACACGGACUUUCAACUCCCUCCAAAGAUUUUCUAUGGGGUUGAGAUCUGGAGACUGGCUAGGCCACUCCAGGACCUUGAAAUGCUUCUUACGAAGCCACUCCUUCGUUGCCCAGGCGGUGUGUUUGGGAUCAUUGUCAUGCUGAAAGACCCAGCCACGUUUCAUCUUCAAUGCCCUUGCUGAUGGAAGGAGGUUUUCACUCAAAAUCUCACGAUACAUGGCCCCAUUCAUUCUUUCCUUUACACGGAUCAGUCGUCCUGGUCCCUUUGCAGAAAAACAGCCCCAAAGCAUGAUGUUUCCACCCCCAUGCUUCACAGUAGGUAUGGUGUUCUUUGGAUGCAACUCAGCAUUCUUUGUCCUCCAAACACGACGAGUUGAGUUUUUACCAAAAAGUUAUAUUUUGGUUUCAUCUGACCAUAUGACAUUCUCCCAAUCCUCUUCUGGAUCAUCCAAAUGCACUCUAGCAAACUUCAGACGGGCCUGGACAUGUACUGGCUUAAGCAGGGGGACACGUCUGGCACUGCAGGAUUUGAGUCCCUGGCGGCGUAGUGUGUUACUGAUGGUAGGCUUUGUUACUUUGGUCCCAGCUCUCUGCAGGUCAUUCACUAGGUCCCCCCGUGUGGUUCUGGGAUUUUUGCUCACCGUUCUUGUGAUCAUUUUGACCCCACGGGGUGAGAUCUUGCGUGGAGCCCCAGAUCGAGGGAGAUUAUCAGUGGUCUUGUAUAUCUUCCAUUUCCUAAUAAUUGCUCCCACAGUUGAUUUCUUCAAACCAAGCUGCUUACCUAUUGCAGAUUCAGUCUUCCCAGCCUGGUGCAGGUCUACAAUUUUGUUUCUGGUGUCCUUUGACAGCUCUUUGGUCUUGGCCAUAGUGGAGUUUGGAGUGUGACUGUUUGAGGUUGUGGACAGGUGUCUUUUAUACUGAUAACAAUUUCAAACAGGUGCCAUUAAUACAGGUAACGAGUGGAGGACAGAGGAGCCUCUUAAAGAAGAAGUUACAGGUCUGUGAGAGCCAGAAAUCUUGCUUGUUUGUAGGUGACCAAAUACUUAUUUUCCACCAUAAUUUGCAAAUAAAUUCAUUAAAAAUCCUACAAUGUGAUUUUCUGGAUUGUUUUCUUCUCAAGUUGUCUGUCAUAGUUGACGUGUACCUAUGAUGAAAAUGACAGGCCUCUCUCAUCUUUUUAAGUGGGAGAACUUGCACAAUUGGUGGCUGACUAAAUACUUUUUUCCCCACUGUAUAUGCAUACACACACACACACACACACACACACACACAUCCUUUAAAAAUAUAUAUAUAUUCCCCUUUAUUACUUUCCAACCCCGCCACCCUUUCCCCACUUGGAGUAAACUAGUGAACAACAACGCCUAGGCCUCUACUUCCAGCCCAUACCCACUAUCUACAUUUUAUGGACACAGUUAAUUUUACAGUAAUUACAUUUUGUUUGUUCUUUCUCCUGAACUUCUUCUACUCUCAACCUCUACGAUCAUUUUCAUGAUGUCCAUCCGGUUUGCUUCUAUAUGCCAUAUCUUUCUAACUGUGCUCCUUCACAAAAGCUCCCAACCUACAACCCAUACACUUAUUAUGGACACAGCGUGCCUACAUUAUUAGUUAUCUUGUUAUUGUUUGUUGUUAGUUGUUAUUAGUCCCAUCCUUCAAUUCUAUUCAACACCUCCCAUCUAUCUUUUAACACCAUCCAUAUAGGAUUUCUAUUUGCCAUAUAUAUUCCAACUGUACUGGGAUGUCUUACAAAAGUUCUGAACCUUUCUAUUCUCAUUGUUUCUACAGAUUGUGAAUUGAAAAUAAACAUUUUUGCUAAUAGUAUAAUUAUGUUAUUGAUCGAUUGACUAUGACUUUUCAGAUCACCCAGUAGUGCUAUCUGCAGGGUUAGCUCCAGGUAAAUAUUGCAAUCAUUUAGCCAUUCCUGGACCUGUGUCCAAAAACAAGCUACAAAUGGACAGUACCAAAACAAAUGAUCUAUUGAUUCUGUCUCUUCGCAGCAAAAUCUGCAGAGCUGGGAAGAUUGUAUCCCCCAUAUAAAUAACAUUCUAUUGGUAGCAAGAAUUUUAUAUAAUAAUUUAAAUUGAAAGAUUCUAAGUUUUGAAUCCGGUGUCGUUUUGCGUAUCAGUUCAUAAACACUAUGCCAUGGAAUCGGUACGUCAAAAAUCUCUUCCCAACUAUUUUGCAAUCUAUAUGGGACGGCUGAUUCCCAGGCCUGCUGUCUACAUUGAGCCUCAGGUUACAUAUCGCUCUCCAGCCCUGACAGCAACACCACACCAUUUCUAUUACAAAUGCUCUCUAAUCUCAACACUGAUAGGAUGGAUAAAAGGGGAGAGAGAGAGAGACAGAGAGACUAAGAAACAGAGACUGAGAGAGAUGAGAACUUGAACAAUUUUUUCCCUGUCAUUUGUCUGAUGAGUCACGUGAUGGAAGAGGUGUCUGUUCCGUGACCGCUCACUCGCUCCACAGGAAUAAGAGGAGCCCAGCAGUCUGUGUGUUCUCUCCAGCGGGACUAAACCGUGCAGUCCUGUAACAUUAUAAUGGAAUAAUGGAGUCCCAGUAGAUAUGUGCUGAUGCUUUACAGAAACUAUUCAAGCGUUCUACUCUCCACAGAGCAGAGGAACAUUAAGCCUGAGAGAUGGCUCUAAUAUGUCCAUACCCUACUGUUAAUUCAAACCAAAGCCUACUGCAUUUUGCCACAUACUUAUUGACAUUUUACCUGGUUAAUAGAGGAUAUUUGAUGACCCACAGACCCCUCUGCUGUAGAGGGUGGGAUGCGACGUGAGUGAGAGAGUGUGAUAUAGAGGUUUAGUUCAAGAGACAAAUCAAACAAUUGACCACCCCCAAGAAAUCGAAAGCAUUCCGGCAACUGCUCUCGACACAGAAUCCAAAUUAAAACUUUGAGCUACUUAGUUAUCUAAUUACUCUGACUGUUGGGCCUAAGGAAGCAGUCAUGUUUAUUUAGACUGAACUACACAGGGCUUUACAGAUCCUUCCCACGCUCUUCUCAUGAGGACUUACCCUGUGGUCCUGCUGUGGGUUCAUGAGACACACACCUACCUGUUCAUAGCUGAUGUAAUGAUUUCCUGUCUCUGUCUCCCUUAUCCCCUCCUCACCCUCUCGCUUUUUCUCUCUCUCUCACUCACUCACUCACUCACUCACUCACUCACUCACUCUAUUUCUCCCUCCAUCUAUCUCUCUUUCUCCUUCUCUUUUUAUCUCUGUCCCUCUCUCUCCCUCUCCUCCAGCUGGGGCGACCUGUAUAUUCUCUCUGGUCUGUGCUCUGGUGUUGGGCUACCUGGACAAGCGAGCUGAGAGGAUCCUCAACAAGGAACAGGGAGGGACCGGUGAGUUAACAUGGCAGUCAGUGACCGCGUCAGAUGAUGUGUGUCCUAAUCAGAGCUGAACAACGGCAUUGACAGGGUGAUGGUCAUUAUCUAUGCGCUAUGGUUAUCAUGCCCACUGUAUUCUGACAACGUUAGUGUGAGGAGGGAGGUGGUGGAGGGUAGGUUCCUUCUACGGAUCUGUUACCUGUCACCAUUAGUCUCUCAUUUUGCCUUGAUGAAUUUAGUUGAUUAAGGAGUUCUUUAUCCACCUGGGAAACCUCCAACUCCUGGUUCUGUGUGUUGUACAUGUGUUCUAUGUGUGUAGGGGAAGUGAUCAAGCUGACGGAUGUGAAGGACUUCCCCUUCCCACUGUGGCUCAUCUUCAUCAUCUGUGUGGGCUACUACGUGGCCAUCUUCCCCUUCAUCGGACUGGGACAGUGAGUAGCACACCAACCAUCACUCAUCAUGUCUUAUCAGUCAAAACCAUCACCAAUAUGGCCAGCUUUAUAUCACAAGCAGUUAUUUGGGAUGCAAGGUGAAAGUAGAUGAGGGAGUAUGUGCUGCCCCUUGUUCAAGCCGAUCCCCUCGAACACAAUGUCUAUUUUCCAUCAUGUAAAAUAACUCGGAUGAAAAUAAUCUUUAGUUAAAGUCUUUUAAAAUAUAAUCUUUAUUGCGAUUUCUCCCACGCUGAUUAAAAUAUGUAUUAACAGCUGGAGACCAUGUAAUCUAGUCCUCUGAGCGGGUAGGAAAGAUAAAGGGUACUAGGGGACCUGGAAUAGCCUUGUUCAAUUAUUAUACCUGUGAGAGUGAGAGUAGUGUCGCGAGAGAGAGCGGAGGAGUAGAGACGUGCGGAUGAGAGCUAGUGAGAGCGCGCUAGCUCGACGUCGCUAGAGUGUCUAUCGCUGCGCCGAGCUCAUCUCUCUAUCGGCCUCUAUCGCGCUCCUCCGCUUUACUCUUCUCUCUCGCUCUCUCGCUCUCUCUCUCUCUCUGCUCUCUCUCCUCUCUCGCUCUCUGCUUCUCUCUACGCGCUCGCUCUCUUCGCGCUCCUCUCGGCUAUCGUCCUCUCCUCUCCCUAUCUCCUCGCUCGCUCCUCCGCUGCGCUCGCUCUGGCUCUCUCUCUCUACCUCUCUCUCUCGUGUCUCUCGCUGGCGGCACGUUUUAAUUUGUUCUCCAUCCCUGUGGUGCUGCGUGACUUCAGCUGCUUGCAGGUGCAACCUGUCUGGGUAGCUGGCUGGUAGGGAUGGUGGGUGUUCUGUGUGUGCGCGCUACAACAGCCUGAGGGACUCUCAGUUGCUCCCAAAGGCCCUGCAUAGAAGCAUAAAGAGUACAUUGGUCUGACAUUGAGCUGUGAUGAAUGCCUAUAGUAAAGAAACAGGAGCAGGGAUGUGCUUAAUGUGUUUCUGGGAUAUGUUGCAGUGAUAGUUUUGUUGUGACGUGACUUACAUUAAUGUGAUGACUGUUAUUUAUAAAAUCAAUUAACUAUGUUUUAAUUGUUACUCGAUUAAUUUCAUCAUGUAACAAUGAACUCAUUAGGAAUUUGGGGCACCGCAGAAGAAGUUGUUUAACGAGUUACCAUCUCCCGAAUUAAACUCUUAGAAGAGAUAUAUAUAUAUAUGUUAUAUCGAUAACAGUCACUUAUUAAAUAAUUACCUCAUCACUCUCAUUCUGAACGUUGCAUAAUCCUUGAAUCUGCAAGAACCCUAACCUCAUUGAUGAAUCAGCAAUACACAAAUUGGCUUAAUUAUUUAUUUACUAACUAAAUAAUAACACAGAAUACAAACACCCACACACACGAUAUAGGUUACUGAUUACUAACGUAAUACAAUGAAAACAGGUGCCUAGUGGACUGGACUAACAAUAGCAUGACUGCUUGGUUAGGGGAAGAAGGGGUCAGUAGAAAGAUAGUGGAAGGGAGAGACAGAGAUUCAAACUAUCGUUGUUACAUUUGGAAACUACGCUCACAGUAAUCAUAAUACUUAGCACCAUAACCACCGCUCAUUCAGAUAAGAAAUGCAAUGUAUAUAUUUACGCGUAGCUGUCCUUGAUUGUCGUCUCUCUGUUGAACCACUUUCUCAAAAAGGGUUUGAGUGUCCUAUCCCACUUCGGUGAGACUUGGCUUGUCUUCGAAUGGAGUGUUCGUUAGAAUAGAUACUUCAGAUGUACCAAUGGUUGUCGGAGAGGGAUUGUCCUUCCCAACUCCUGUCUUUAGUGAAAGUUCUCUAGACGACUAUACAUGCCAGCUGCAGACUGAUAUGAUAAGGUCUAGUGUGUUUAUCUGCUUCUUCUGUAGAGAUUGAGAGUUUUUCAGAGUUUCUCACCAUUUCAAACGUGUGGACUAACGUCUCACGUUUUCUGGUCUUUCUGGUCUAACCAUUUUAAGCCGUGUAGCCACCGUUCCACGCUUCCUGGUCUGUAGAGUUUUUCAAGGCUUUUUAUGCUCGGGUAAAAAGGGGCGUUCCAUCACACUGACCCAAUGUCUGUGCUCACUUGGGCGUGGUUACUGACUGGAUAAAGCUUCUAUGAAAAACGAUUAUCUCAUUUAGAAGGCUAAAAUCACGUUGCUAUCUUCACAAACGUAUUCUCAUACUUAAUCAUAUAUUUUAUACAACAUUUAGAUGCAAACCUGAUAACUGAAAUGUGUACACUUCCAGAGAUAGUUAUUUAGUAAAACCAUCCUUAAUGACAUCACAAAUCAAUAAACAAUAUGACAUGAUUAUUCUUUAGAUCCCCACCGACCAUUCCAAACAUUUGGAUCUCAACCACAAUGUUCCAAUGUCCAAUCUUUUGAUGUUAGCGUUUUUAGACGGCAAUCUGUCCCUGUAACACAGAGACAUUCCGAUCACCAAUACUUGGGACCAACAGGGAGUCGUUUGCCGCAAACCAUUUAGGAUAAAACCCGCCACAUAAAUCCCUCCUGUGUUCAUAAAAAUGACCACGGGAGAGAGAGAUAUGUAGACUGUUGCUUCUCUGUAUUCUGAUCUUGGGCUUCUCACGUGGGACCAUCACAUGAGAGUCAUGACAGUAUGGAGAUACUCUGUACCACUCUGGUCUGGUGUGACUGACUGUCCUUCUCACCUCUGUCUUCCCCUUGCAGGGUUUUCUUCAUUGAAAAGUUCAACUUCUCACCACCUGAAGCAAGAGCAAUCAACAGGUAAUGCACAACACUUUACCCCAGUCAGAGUAACUCAGUAAGACGUGAUUCAAUUUGGACGGAGUGAGGCCUGUGCCACUCAGCUUUUAGUUAGGAGUUCUUCAAAUGAGGUUUGUUUUAGCUCUCCUCACCUCAAGCUAAGAACUGUCACAACACAUUGGAAGUGUCUCUCUCUCCCUUCUUGCCUCUACCUCCUUCUCACACUUUCUCCCUUCGUUCCUUUCCCUUUUCUCUUCCUUCUUCUCCUCCUCCAUUCCUCUCCUUCUGUCCGUCCAUGUCCCUCUCUCCACCCUCUUCUCUCCCAGUAUUGUGUACAUCAUCUCGGCCCCAGCCUCCCCUGUGUUGGGCUUCAUGGUGGACAGGAUAGGGAAGAACGUGAUCUGGGUGCUGUGUGCCGUCGUCACGACGCUCAUAGCCCACAUGAUGCUCGCCUUCACCUUCUGGAACCCCUGGAUCGCCAUGGUGAUGACUAUUCUCCAUUCUAUUACCGUUAGAACGGUACAGAGUGGUUCACAGCAGAAUAUGACCUUGGAGACAUUAGUAGGAUAUUCACUAGAAACCUAGUGUAUGCAGUGAUGAGCGUUGGGCCAGAUUUGGACAUGCAACCUUGGAUCACUGGGUACUUGUUUAGUCCUGCAAGACAAUUACAUCCUGCUCCCGGAGGAUUGGAUUAUCCAGUAGGUUACGCAGUCAAAUUUUCAAUUAGUUUUAUAUAUAUAUAUAUAUAUAUAGUAAUUUAGUUGUAUUGUGACUGGGUAGCCAGAUAUAGUGAAUGGUGUUGGUAACAGUAUUGAUAAUGGUACUGUGUAUCUGUGUCCUCCAGUCCCUGUUGGGUGUGUCCUACUCGCUGCUAGCCUGUGCCCUGUGGCCCAUGGUGGCCUUUGUGGUGCCAGAGCAUCAGCUGGGGACAGCCUAUGGCUUGUAAGUACACCUGCUCCUACCCACCCCUUCUGUCUAACCAGAAAACAUCCUCAUACCUACAGGCUUUUGCAUUCUAUCCAUCAUUAUUUGUGCCUAUGAUGAUGAUACUGCUGCUGCUGUUGUUAAUGAUGCUGUUGUAGUUAUUGUUGAUGUUGUUGGUGGUGGUGAUGAUGCUGUUGUUUGUGAUGAUGAUGCUGCUGUUGAUGACGCUGUUGUUGAUGAUGAUGGUGGUGGUGGUGGUGAUGAUGCUGUUGUUGUUGUUGAUGAUGAUGAUGAUGCAUGGCCUUCUUACCUCCCAGCAUGCAGUCCAUCCAGAACCUGGGCCUGGCUCUGACCUCCAUGGCAGCAGGAUCUAUUCUGGACAACAAGGGAUACCUCUUCCUGGAGGUCUUCUUCAGCGCCUGUGUCUGCUGUGAGUAACACUUCUGUGUGUGUGUUGAGUCAACCAAUAAAUGUCUCUCUCUCUCUGUCUCUCUCUCUCAGUGGCACUGAUCGCAGUAGUGAUGCUGUACUUUGUUAAUUAUCUACGAGGUAAGAGAGCUGGGAGCUGGCCUCCUGCCCGCCUGACACCAUUACACCACUCACAGUGGAGCGUGCCUUAUGAUAUCCUCACUAACCAUGCUCUUUGAUAUCCCUCUCCUGUUCUCUCUCCCACCCUUUCUCUUUCUGUCUCUUUCUGUCCUUCUCCCUCUCUUUUCCUCUCCAUAUCACUCUCUUUCCAUUACUCCCUCUCUCUCUUCAGGAGGAAAUCUGAACCUCUCAGCCUCUGCCAGGGCCAAACUCCUGAAGGGCUCCGAUUCAGAGUGAGUAUCCAUGACCUUUCACCCCCCUCCUCUCACACUCAAUACAGACAAGAGCCACUGAACGUUAGGUUCUCAACCCACUCAUAAGGAGAAAGGCAAGGACCUAUUAUCAAUGUAAUAUCAAUCUAUUAUUAAACAUCCAACUGGUGCUGGACUAAAAAGAAAAGCCUGCAAUUCUGAUAUUCUUCACUAGGGUUCCCAACCUCUAAUCUUAUCUGAAGGGUCAGAGAAAGUUGUAAGAGAGAACCUCUACAAUAUAUGAUCACAAGUGGGUUUAAUGAAAACAUUUGAGAAAAGCCAUUUCAGAGGUUUGUAGUUAACAUUCUGAAUUAACAUGUAUGUGCAAGCUUAGUAGAUCAUAUGACCGCUCUGGAUUGAGUAAGAUGGAUUUAGACUUUGUCUAUAUCAAGAGUGUAUUUGGUGCCCAAUCUGCAUAAUGUUUUCAUGUAUGGUGUUCUUGCUCCUUAACCAAUUCUGGCUCUCCUAACUCUCACACUGUUCCUGAGUGUGGUCCAUGUGUUUCUGCUCUUGUGUGUAGAGUCACUGCUUGGCCCAAUACCUCUCCAAAAUCUUGUCUCUUUCCCUCUGCCCUUGUUGACGUGCCCAUGCAGAUGUGAAAAACAGGAUAAAGUUAAUGUUUCACUUAUCAACAAUUCAACAAGGGCCGUAGAGAAGGACUAGAUUUAUCAUUCUUGUUGGCUGUUGGUGUGUGUGUGGCUGUCUGUGGAGUACCCCAGACUAACGCAUUGACCCUGUCCUGUGCUGUGCUGUUUUCCAGGUGAGAGGGCACACAGUCCUGGGCCACAGCUGUCAAUCACCUGCUAGGGGGUGUGUCUCCACUACUGACUCCUCCCACCUGUACACUGACCUAGCCCUGCAUUGUAACUGACCCCUCCCACCAACAUACUGACCCAUCGCAGCUCAGAUUUAUUUUUAUUUACAACUGUGAACUGGCCAAGAAAAAGCAAAGCAGUGCAAUAAAAAACAACAAUGCUGAACCUUCUGCUCUGACAUCACAAACCGACUCCUCCUCCUCGCCUCACUGACUCCUCCCUCCUGUGGCUGUGUCAGGGCUGGCUAAUGACUUGCUUUGGAACCUCAAACCUCAGCACCAAUCACACUUUAAUGUCAUUAGAGUGGGGUACCAGGAAGCACUUUAAGCAGACUUUUGUUUCUAAAAGGUUUUUAAAUGUCUGUGGAACAAGGCCCCAGGCUGAGUGACUUUUACUUCAGAGAUGUAAAGUUAUUCACCAAUAAUGCACGUGUGGUUGUGCCUGAUUGCUUAGUAAAAUCACCCACACUAUAAGAGGUGAACUGGUUCAAUGUUCUUAUAAAAAUAUUUUAAGCAUCUCUCUAAAACCAGGGUGUUAGAAAUGACAGAUUGUCCAUCAAUGUUAUGACAUUAUGUAUGUUUUUUUUUUAUGAAUAUUGUUCAGAAAGGACUUUAAUCCAAAACUUGAAGUAAAAAUGUAUCAAAACAAACAGUUGGUGUGUUUAUAACUUCUAUACGCACAUAAAUGAAUAAUCUGUGCAAUCAUCAUGAAAAUGUCAUCAAAUUAGCAACACAAAACCAACCCAUCUCCUUUUCUGGCUUUUGCCUACAGUGAGGUCAUUCUGAAUAGUAAUCAUAUAUUCAUCAUCUAGUUUGACGGAUUUAUGCUGAAGGAUUUCAGAAUCUGCAUUGUGUUCAAUUCUUUAUAGCGCCGUUCCUUCAUUAAAUUCCUUUCUUUGCUCUUGGCUGGUCAUAGAGGCUCGUAAAACUUUACACUCUGUCACACCAUCUCUUGGCUGGUCAUAGAGGCUCGUAAAACUUUACACUCUGUCACACCAUCUCUUGGCUGGUCAUAGAGGCUCGUAAAACUUUACACUCUGUCACACCAUCUCUUGGCUGGUCAUAGAGGCUCGUAAAACUUUACACUCUGUCACACCAUCUCUUGGCUGGUCAUAGAGGCUCGUAAAACUUUACACUCUGUCACACCAUCUCUUGGCUGGUCAUAGAGGCUCGUAAAACGUUACACUCUGUCACACCAUCUCUUGGCUGGUCAUAGAGGCUCGUAAAACGUUACACUCUGUCACACCAUCUCUUGGCUGGUCAUAGAGGCUCGUAAAACUUUACACUCUGUCACACCAUCUCUUGGCUGGUCAUAGAGGCUCGUAAAACUUUACACUCUGUCACACCAUCUCUUGGCUGGUCAUAGAGGCUCGUAAAACGUUACACUCUGUCACACCAUCUCUUGGCUGGUCAUAGAGGCUCGUAAAACGUUACACUCUGUCACACCAUCUCUUGGCUGGUCAUAGAGGCUCGUAAAACGUUACACUCUGUCACACCAUCUCUUGGCUGGUCAUAGAGGCUCGUAAAACUUUACACUCUGUCACACCAUCUCUUGGCUGGUCAUAGAGGCUCGUAAAACGUUACACUCUGUCACACCAUCUCUUGGCUGGUCAUAGAGGCUCGUAAAACGUUACACUCUGUCACACCAUCUCUUGGCUGGUCAUAGAGGCUCGUAAAACUUUACACUCUGUCACACCAUCUCUUGGCUGGUCAUAGAGGCUCGUAAAACGUUACACUCUGUCACACCAUCAAGGCUAAGGCAGACCUUGUCAAAGUGAUAAAGGAAUUUAAAGGGGAACAUUUUUGAUAGCGUUCACCCAAUGUAUAAUUAUGUUCAUUUAAAAAAAACGUUUAACUCAAAUUUUGAAUGCAGCAGUUUUACAGUGACCUUCGUGAAAAUGACCUGGCUUAUGUGUAAGAAGGUUAACUUUUAAGAAUACUAUAACAUUGGCAAUUGGGUGGAAACCCUCUUUGCUCCACAACUGAAUGAAAGGAUAAAUGCUUUGUUUUGUUGAUGUUUAUUGAUCAAUAUCAGGGAAUUGCCAAGAGACACUUUCAUAUGUUGAAAACCACAAUCUAACGAUCAUUCUAAUGUCAAAAUCACUUUUGAUAGUUUUUCUAUUGUAAUGAACGAUCACUUCAAAGUAUUUAUCCCUGAAUCAGUUUUCUGCAGGACAACCUGAGCUUGAACCAAGGGCUUUCCGUAGUAUAGUAUUAGGUCAAAUAUUGUGGUGGAGGAAGCCUAUCCAUAUACCACUAAAGUUGUGACGGCUGUUUGUUUGUCUUUGUUAGCUGCAGAAUAGUCUCUGUGUAAAUUGCACUGAGAGUGCUGCCUGUUUAGAGUUGAUCUCUCUAACAAACUUCUAACAGCUCUAAAUAACAUGUGUUCUAUGGGUACUACUGCCUAGAGCAAAGGUCUCCAACCCUGUUCCUGGAGAGCUACCCUCCUGUAGAUUUUCACACCAACCCCAGUUGUAACUAACCUGGUUCAGCUUAUCAUCCAGCUAAUUAUUAGAAUCAGGUGUCAUAUAGUAGGGUUGGAAUGAACCUAGAGGACGUUAAGGCUUCAGGGAACAGGGUUGGAGACCCCUGGUGUCGAGGUACCAUGUGUAUUCAUAUUUUACAACUAUUGCAAUAAUAAAUUACCUCAAACUACAUGUUGUACUUUUAGAUAACUUUAAAUAUUUUAAAUGAAUGAUAAAAAAAAAAAAAGUGCAUGUUUUUGUUACAUAUCUGAUACAUAUCUGAUGUUCACUGUGUUUGUUAAAGAACAUUAUCAGGCCAUUGUGUCCUUGCCAGAUCUGAUUGUCAUUCUGUCUGAUCAAAUUGACUUUAUAUACUACAGUAUUGUCUCAGGACAGCAAAUAAAAGUUUGUAAAAACAGCCCCAGAAUUCUCAAUUUUGUAUUUGAUUUAUUCUUGCAAUGAUGAUUAUGCCACUCCCCCUGCUGUCCUUGUAGAGUUGAGAGGCGUCAGAGGGUCAGUCAGCAGACUGAGGAGAAGCUGGCCAAACUCAGGCCUAUGUCUGCUUUUGGCCUGCGCAACCGCUACCUGUCCAGACUAGGAGCUCAGGUACACACACCACACACACAAACACCGUAUGCACAUGGAUGCUAAAUUCCCUUCUCCUUCUUCCAGCUCUCAAAUCACUACUGUACCCACCUGUCCUCACUGGCACACAGAAGUGUACUGAAGUGAUGCGGCCUACUCUGCACCACCCCCUCAACAUCUAAACCCAGUCAGUGUCCAUGUCUCUAGACAAAAGGUACAAAAUAUCCUCCACUACAAUGUUCUUUCAGGUUUUUUACUGAUGUGGAACUGAUAACCUAUUGCUGUAUUUUGUAUAUGUUGCUAUGAAGCUACACUCGUGCCUUUUGUGUAUUUAUUACCGUUGCAAAGCUAAUCACUAAAUUACAUUUGAUAGUGUAAAAGAGCUACUAUAUACAUAGUAACUAUGUUUGUAUCUUGAAAGUACUACAUUUAUUUGGUGUAAUAAUGUGUAUGUUUUCCAUGCCCUGUAAGUGGGAAGUGUUUGUUUUUUUGCAAUGUGGAUAUGGUUUUCAACUGUGUCAACAACAGAGGGCACUAUUGAUCUGAGAUACAAUAUGAAAGUCAAUGUUAGAGUACCUCUGAGUUUGAAUGGACUACCCUUUGUUGCACAUGCCUACAGGUGAGAAUAUUACCUUCAUGACUGAAUACAGCCAUUGCCUUUAUUGGUAUGUGACUGAGAAAUGUGUAUGUAAAUUGCAAUACAUUUAAGUGUCAGUAAUAUAUUGAAGGUGUUUGAUUUGGUAUUGUUAUGAGUUCUGUAAUUUGUUGUUUGUGAAAUGGAAAGGUACCAGGAAUCCAACCACGUCCAGAAACAUGUCAUAACAUGUCAUGUUGUUGAUUUUACCCGGUAAGGGCAAACACAAGGGUUGGUGAUAUCUCCAGCGUCACCAGGACCCAAACCAAGCUAGACGUCAAAACAGCCAGGUUUUUUGUCCUGAACCGGAGCGCAGUAAUCGGGUAGCACACACCGAGGAACCGGUGAAUGCUGAUGCAUAUGAGGAACAUCAUGCUGCAGUGGAGGUACGUAUAGAAGAAGAAUCUGAUGGCUUUGCAGAUGAUGUCGCCGAAGGGCCGUACGUCGUCCAUGGCGUAGCUGACGAUGAGGAGCGGCAAGGACAGCACGUACAGCAGGUCAGCCACGGCCAGGUUGGUCAGGUAGAUGACUGA